AGGUGAGCUGACGAUGAAAGGAUUUUGGUAAAAUUAUUCCUCUACAAUUAUGCCUUCUCCAAACACAGUGCUCGGGCAAAGAUUGCCAGUGGCCGGCGAGCGACCCAGUCGUGGGUAGAAGCGGAUUCGGAAUUAGCUUCGUUGGCAGAAGAAGGAGCCCUGACUAAGGGGCUUCUUUUAUAGAUCGAAUUUGGCUCCUGAAUCCCAUCAGUCGCGGGCGAGUCGGACGGCCUUUGGACACGAGUACUGUCGACGAGUGAACCGAGGAGACGCCUACGGUGCAGGGUGCGUCGGCGCAAAAGUCAUAGGUCGAGCUGCUGGCUGUGCGAGCGCCUGGUGGCGAUUACUCGAAUCAGUCGGCCACUCAUGCAAGGUUGCUGAACGGUGGCUGAGAAGAAGAUGAUCAUGCAGUCCGCGCAGCGUCGGUCCAGCGGCGAUCAGCAAGGGCGAUGCGGCGAACGUGAGUCAGUGCUCUUAGUUUAAGACUUUAAAGCAAACAGAAUAGGGUUUAGAGCAGGGGAAGCAUGAAAAUCAUGUUUAAUAUAAUGUGUUGAUAUUUGAGACGUUUUGUUUUAUUUGGUUGGUGCCUUUAGCCUUCAGUGUUUGUGUUUGAUUCACCUCGGUAGCUUUUCACCUUGCUCUACCAUAAGGGAACUUCAUAACACUGGCGCCCAACUAAAUAUCCCACGUAUUUGUCAUUACCAAUUAGCUAAAUUGAGCGGCUUUUUGAGUUUUAAGGAUAGUUCAGCUCGCACGAAGUUUGUGCAGCUUACAUGGUUGGUUAGGAUUAAGAUUUAUAUAAGCUCAUUUGAAGAUGGACUUAACACACUUGAGUAACGAGGAAAUUGAUUACGAGCUAGCACUUCGUUUCGUAGUUAACCUCGGACCUUGUACCCACCGAAACAAGGUCUUGAAACUAAAAGAUCUGAUGGCACAAGAAGGCCAGCUUCAAGAACCGGCUUGUCACAGCUCAGAACAUGUGAUGAGCUCGACUUCAAAUUUGGAAAUCUGUCAACUCAGGAUCGGGGAGCUAAGAAAGCUCGUGGAUGAAGCGGUGCAAAUUAAAGACACUUUUGCCAUCGCACAGUUACGUUCGCGUCUCAUCCAUUACAAAACCAGGUUGGAAAUCAUUCAACCCCUCGCGGCUUUCGUGAGCAUAAAAGAUACGUUAUGCUCGCUUGUCAAAGUGCUAUUAGACGAAGUGGAUUGUGCAUUGGUACAUUAUGAGAAGCGAACAGAUCGGGGUGAGAGUGCAGUGAUAGUGUCAAUCCCACCAGAAGAAUUUGGGCAGAAAGACAACGAGAAUCUCGACUCAGUGCAACAGAAAAACUCCAACGAAGCGUACUCACUCUUAGGAAUGGACAACAUCUUGCACCAGCAGGGCAAUGCAUCCGCAAACCUCAUCGACCCUGGUUUCGCGGAAACAGCCCAAGAAGAAUUGCCAUAUGAACAAAGAAGUUUCGAUAACAGAAGAAGCACUGUUGAAAUCCCGUUUUCAAGAGUGAACGGUGACAAAGACAACCAACAUCCACACAACACCAGCAUUAGAGAAGAGCAUGAACCGCAUUUGUCAGCAACUAGUUCCCCACUAGCAGUUGGUCGAGGAAGAGGAUUAACGAUAAGAGGCCUACAGGACGCGCGAUCCAACAUUAGCGGGAGAGGAAGAUCUACGCAGAGCACGGAAACGAGGCAACACGGUAACGAACACAUACAUAACAACAAUGACCUCACAUUCCGAAACAUCAUAUCCAAUAAUGCAAGCCUUUAUGCAGACCUGGUGGAACGGCUGGCUCGGAGGGAGCGACGAGAAAGGGCACCACGACCAGAGCGAUGGGAAGACCGAAGAAUGAUGAAAGCAGUUCACAAUUGGCCGUUCAAAUUCCGUGGAGAGAAGGACACCACGUCGCUGAAUAUCUUCUUAGACCGGGUAGAGACUUUUGCUGGAUCGGAAGGGAUGAACGACGAAACAUUGCUGUCUUCGAUCAAACAUCUUCUACUAGAUGACGCCCUGGAUUGGUAUGCUCGGGCCAUGUCUCAACGUCGGCUUUAUUCAUGGCAAAACUUCAAGAAUGAAAUCCGGAGGGAAUUUCUACCAAGCGGAUAUGCUCAAAUACUACGACUAGAGGCCAGCUUCCGCUUCCAAGGACAGAGUGAAUCUUUUGCCAAGUACUACCGGGAUAUUGCUGCGCUCUUUCGAUUCAUAUCACCACCAAUGACCGAGGAGGAGAAGUUCUUCAUUGUGAAGAAAAAUAUGAACGCGGACUACGCCGCGAUAGUCACAGCAGCACGGCCGAGAGAUCUGCAAGACAUGGUCGAAGUAUGCACGAGCUAUGACGAAACCAGGAUGCUGUUACACCGACAACGAAGGAUUCCAGUCCCACAUACCUCCCUGUUAGAACCAAACUUCGCGACGCCGGGAAGUUCAGCAAAGACCUUCGCCCAAUCGCAACCUCCAAGAUACUCAAGAGUGAAUGCAUUGGAACGCACCGAGAGAUAUGAAGACCAAUCCACGAUGUUAUACGCUACAAAUUCUGAAGAAGGCACGGAUUACGACGAAGAAGAGGAAUUGCAGACGAAGAUGGACCAUCUUGUACAGCAAGUCAAUGCCCUGAAGGGCCAAUUCGACCGAAGACCUUCCAAAACAUUAGCGGGUUUAUCCCAGAACCAGGGGCAAUACCUCCCAGUGCGACAGUCAACAGCGUCCAAUGCACAAAGUCAAAUCCAAACGGGCCAGCAACAACGAUGGCGUUCAAGCCAACAAUCUAGUGUGAAGCAACAACAGGACGCUGGGCGACAAGAGGAAGUUCAGACACACCCCAGUCAAUCGGCGCAAGCGACACAGCAGCUUCAGGCUCCGCAGCGCCAACAAACAUGGAUGGCAGAACAUCAACAGCCAGCAUGGCUGCAGCAAAGUCAGUCCCAUAUAAACCAAAAUGGAGGCCAACAAGCUAGGGAGAACGUUGUUCGUCAAACUAUGACCUGUUGGAACUGCGACGAAGAAGGCCAUCGCUUCAUGGACUGUUCGAAACCGCAAGCGGUGCUAUUUUGUUAUCGUUGCGGAAGGAAGGGGUACUCUUUGCGAAGCUGCUUCACGUGCCGUACGGACGCGGGAAACCAGCAAGCGGGGAAUCAAUAG